AUGGCAUACCAGUCUUCUUCCCUAAGUGGUAAUAGAAGGAAUACACAAAUAAAUUAUAAUUCACAGCGAGAUAGUGGAUCACAAUACGGGGAUAAGUCCAAUAGUAACUAUUACAAUUAUAAUCUGAAUUACUAUCAAAGAAAACAAUAUAGUAAAAGCAAUUCUAGAGGUAAUCAUUCUAACACUUAUGCAACAAGGACGAGUUAUAACAAAGAUACUUCCUCGGGGACCCAAUCUCAAUUAUGGAUGGGGGACUUGGAUCCUAAGUGGAGUGAAAAAGAUAUAAGAAACAUAUGGGAAUCUUUAGGAGAAAAUCCAACAUCAAUCAAGAUGAUGAAAGAAAAAGUGGCGGAUACAAGAAGUGUGAAGCAGCCUUAUUGUUUCAUCAAUUUUGCUUCACAGAACUCCGCAGAAAUGGCAUUAUUGAAGAACGGAUUACAGAUUCCUGGAUCAACAAAGGCACUCAAACUAAACUGGGCUGGUAGUUCUUAUGGAGGUGUUAGCAAUGAAUCUGUAAGUUUCACAGCUACAGAACAUCAAGGAAAGACUCAAAUGAAGCCAGAAAAUUCAAUUUUUGUAGGUGAUUUAAAUUCAGAUGUUACCGAACCGAUUCUAUUAGAGUCGUUUUCCAAAAAAUAUCCUGGGCAAGUUAAGCAAGUCAAAAUAAUGCAUGAUCCUUUAACUGGGCUCUCGAAGAAUUUUGGAUUUGUACGGUUUUUCAACCUGCUGGUAAAACUGAAAGCACUUCAGGAGAUGAGUGGCUUCAUAAUUAACAAUCGGCCCAUUAGGGUCGGUGCUGCUUCUGGCGUCUCCUCUGGUGUUAGUAAUGCUUCACAUACAAGUAAAGAGAGUAUAGCUGUACUGGACACGGUAGAUUACUCAAAUAUAAACUUAUCUCAAGUACAGCCUGCGCUAAAUCAGUUUACGGAUUCAAAUAAUACUACAUUAGUUGUCAGAGGACUAUCUUCAAAGUUCUCUGAAGAUGAGCUUGGAAAUCAUUUCAUCGCAUUUGGAGACAUUGUGUACUGCAAGAUUUCUGCUGAUUUGAACACUGGAUAUAUUAAGUUUUAUUUGAGAGCGUCAGCUGAACUUGCGCUCAUGUUUUUGCAUGGAUCAAUUAUAAACGAUUGUAAUUUGAAGGUCACCUGGGGAAAAAGUUCAAAGGUUGAGCUGAGGUACAUCAAUUUUGAGCCAGAUAAUUCUCCCGAUUAUAGCAAGGCAGAGCCAGGACCAGAUUACGUGGGAGCAUUCCUGCCCUAUUAUAUAAGAUUUGAUAAGAUAGUUCCACAAGAGGUCAAAGAAUUGUCCUUAAAAAUAAAAGAUCAAGGUGAUCCAUUAACAACCACAGAAGAAGAUGAACUUUAUAUCAAAAAAAGUAUGCAUAGAGAUGAAUUAUUAGAUGGGGCCCCUAUUUAA